CACGGGGCUCGGGGAAGUCUUUUGUACUCCCGCGCGCGACGCGAUGGACCCUCUCUCUGGACGGAGUCCAGACGCGAGUGCGAGUCGCGUAGCGCUACAGUAGUGGCUGCUGCCUCUCGGCAACUGGAGGGCCCACACUCUGCAGCACUUUGCUAGUCGCCAGUCUCGUGCUGGCGACGCGCGUUUUCUUCUUCUCCUCUCUUUUACCUCUCGCGAUAGUCGCGACGCGAUCUGGUUUCUUCUUGGAACGCGUCCCGAGUUCCGAGUCCCGAGUCCCGAGUCCCGAGUCCCGAGUUUCGACCCGCACCAGUCUUCCAUCCGAUCGGAUUCUCAUUGAUCCUGGUGUCUGUGCGCGGUGGUGGCGCGCGGUGAAAGUGCUCGACAGAGAGAGAGAGAGAGAGAGAGAGAGAGAGGGAGAGAGAGAGAGUGCACGCGCAUCCGCGACCAACUCCACGUGCAGUGGUGGUGCAGCGGCAUCGCGACACCAAAGGACAUGAGGCGGAUCACCAUGGACCCAUUCGUCUGGACGUUGCUGCUGAUCCCACCGCUCUUAUUCGCGACGGAUCUCUUGCAACAAGCUGCUGCGGUAGCACCAGCUACCGCAGGGGAAUGCCCACAGAAAUGCGUGUGCUACGACAACACGAUGCAGGUGCGAUGCAUGUUCGUGAAGCUGAGCCAGGUGCCACGGGUGCCAGCUAACACCACCGUCCUAGAUCUCCGAUUUAACAAUAUCGCCGAAGUGGGCGCGGGAUCGUUUCACGGACUAAAGAAAUUGCACACCCUGCUACUGAACGACAACCACAUUCGGCGACUGCCGCUGGGCGCGUUCGAGGGCGCACCGAAUCUACGGAUACUCUACUUGUACAAAAAUCGGCUGGAACAUAUCGCGCCGGGCGCAUUUGCGGGGCUACCGCGACUCGAGCAAUUGUACCUGCAUCACAAUCAUCUGCGAGAGAUCCGACCGGGUACGUUCAACGAUCUACCGGCGCUGGAACGUCUGUUUCUGCACAGCAACAAACUUCAUCGGCUGCCGGCGGACGCGUUCGUCAACGUCGGCCCGAUGACGCGGCUGCGUCUCGACAGCAACGCGCUCAUUUGCGACUGCAAUCUGGUCUGGCUGGUGGAACGCCUGCGGGACAGACCUACGGAGAUGGCGGCGAUUUGCCAAUCCCCCCACAAGAUGAAGGGUCGUUCCCUCGCUACGAUGCUGCCAGAGGACUUUCAUUGCACAAAACCACGCAUCAUAGAGGGCCCGGAAGACACCGUAGUGGAAUUUGGCGACACGAUGACAUUGACGUGUCGAGUAACGGGUGAUCCGACGCCAAAAAUUAAAUGGAUGAAAAACAAACGGAAAUAUUUUUGGGAGAGAGAGCGAAUGGCGACAGCGGAUGACGAUAAUGAAAAGUACGUGAUCCACGAGGACGGUGACAAGUACGUGAUCCGCGAGGAUGGCACCUUGGUGAUAUCGGGCACGACCGAACAGGACAGCGGGAUAUACGAGUGCGUGGCCAGCAGCGACAUGGGCUCGACCAAAUCGAGAAAGGCCAGAGCGGUGAUCACGGCGGCGGCGGCGGCGGCGGCGGCGACGGCAGCCCGCUUGAUAUUCGCCGAAAGGCCGGAAUCGCAAAACGUCAGCGUCGGCACCGACGUCACCUUUUCCUGCCGUGCGCGAGCGCUGGCUAAUCCCAAGCCGGAUGUUCGCUGGUUCCGAGAUGGUCGAGCCAUCUCCUUUGGCGAGAGAAUCUCGCUCGAGAACGACGGCGCCUCGCUGCGCAUCCACGCGGUCAAGGAAACCGACGCGGGCAAAUACGAGUGUUAUCUCAAGAGCAUCGACCACAUGGUUCAUCUCUUCGCGGACUUGAAUGUCUUUGUCCGCGACUCGUCGUCGUCGUCAGCCCCCCGAUUGCUCUUUAGACCGCGAGACAUGGAGGCGGAACCAGAUGCCACCGUUGAGGUACCUUGCCGGGCCGAGGGUAUCCCAAAGCCGGUGAUACAAUGGAAAAAGGACGGCAGCGCGCUCGAGGGUAAUAGGUUCAAGAUCAUGCGCGGAGGCAGUCUUGUUAUUUUUAACGUGACUCCGCGAGACUCCGGCAGGUACGAGUGCUCGGCUGUAAACGAUUACGGACGCGCAACCGCCGAUGCUUUGGUGCGCGUUCGGCAGCUCGGUGCAGCGGAUACGACGCUCGUCGUACGAGCUUUUCAAAGUGCCACCGAAGAGAUCGAUCGUGCCAUUAAUAAAACGCUGUCGUCUCUCUUUAAUCCCGACGGCUCGUCCAAACACCAAGUUAAUCCAUUUCGGCUGGCACGAUUUCCGGACGCGAUCGGUCGCGCGGCCGCCAGACCAGCCGAGCUCUUCGAGAGAACUCUCGUCAACAUUCGACGUAUGGUGGAUGCCGGCGGAAAGGCAAACGUCACCGCUGACUUUCGUUACGAGGACAUCUUGACGACCGAUCAGGUGAGGGAGAUCGAACGAUUGUCCGGAUGCACCGGUCAUAGACGUCGACAGAACUGCAGCGACAGAUGCUUCCAUCGGAAAUAUCGAAGCGUAGACGGCAGCUGCAACAAUCUGCGCCAUCCUACUUGGGGCUCGUCGUACACGGGCUUCCGAAGAAUAUUGCGACCGAUCUACGAGAAUGGUUUCUCGACGCCAGUCGGCUGGGAGAAAGGACGACGGUAUCACGGUUAUCCGAAGCCCGCCGCGCGUCUCGUGUCGACCACCCUCAUCUCCACUCGCCACGUCACAUCGGACGAUCGGAUCAGCCACAUGGUGAUGCAGUGGGGUCAGUUCUUGGACCACGAUCUCGAUCACUCGUUACCCUCGGUCUCGAGCGAAUCGUGGGACGGCAUCGAUUGCAAAAAGUCCUGCGACAACGCCGCGCCCUGCUUCCCGAUGGAGGUGCCGGCGAACGAUCCGCGCGUCGACAACAGACGGUGCAUCGACUUCGUGAGAACGAGCGCCGUGUGCGGUUCCGGCGCGACCAGUAUCCUCUGGGGUGGCGGUCUGAUGCCUCGGGAACAAUUGAACCAGCUGACCAGCUACCUCGACGCCUCCCAGGUUUACGGCUACGACGACGAGCUGGCGCGCGACCUGCGCGACACGACCACGGAUCGCGGCCUGCUGCGGGAGGGUGUCGCGCUUCCCGGUCGCAAGCCUCUGCUGCCGUACGCUGCCUCCGGCCAGUUCGUCGACUGUCGCAGGAAUCCGCUGGAGAGCUCGAUCAAUUGUUUCGUGGCCGGUGACAUUCGCGCCAACGAGCAGGUCGGCCUGCUGGCCAUGCACACCAUAUGGCUGCGCGAGCACAAUCGCCUCGCUCGCGCCCUGCGCGACAUGAAUCCACAUUGGAAUGGCGAGAGACUCUAUCAGGAGGCGAGACGUAUCGUCGGCGCUGAGAUGCAGCACAUCACUUAUCGACACUGGUUACCGCGUAUAUUCGGAGACGGCCAAGAGUCUUCUUUGCCGCCGUACCGGGGCUACGAUCCCAACGUCGACGCCAGCGUGUCCAACGUUUUCGCCACCGCCGCCCUGCGCUUCGGCCAUUCGCUCAUUCAGCCGCGUCUCGAGCGUCUCGACGCCUCCUUCCGAUCGAUUCCGCAGGGUCCUCUCGAGCUGCGAGACGCCUUUUUCGCGCCGUGGCGAUUGGUCGAGGAAGGCGGCGUCGACCCGCUCAUCCGAGGUAUGUACGCCACGGCGGCGAAACUCAAGCUGCCCGAGCAGAAUCUCAACCGAGAGCUCACCGAGCAACUCUUUCGCACCGCGCACGCGGUCGCGCUCGAUCUAGCGGCGAUGAACGUUCAGCGAGGGAGGGAUCACGGGCUACCCGGCUAUCUGGAAUGGCGCGAUUAUUGCAACAUGUCGCGCGUCGAGACGUUCGAGCAUCUGGCUGGCGACAUCAGCAGCGCUCGAGUGCGGCAAAAGUUGCGCGAGUUGUACGGCCAUCCGGCUAAUAUAGACGUCUGGGUUGGCGGUAUUCUCGAGGAUCAGUUACCAGGGAUGAAGGUUGGACCGCUGUUCAAAUGUCUCCUAUUGGAGCAAUUCCGGCGAACGCGGGACGGCGAUCGGUUCUGGUAUGAGAAUCCGAGUGUCUUUGACGCGCAACAGCUCGUCCAGAUCCAGCAAGUGUCACUAGCCAGAAUCUUGUGUGACAACGCCGACAAUAUUACUCGCGUGCAACCCAAUGUCUUUCUACUGCCCGAAGCUCCUACAAACGACUUGGUCAGCUGCGACGAGAUUCCUUACGUAGACUUGAGUGCGUGGUCCGACUGCUGCGACAAUUGCGAGAAUCGCGACAAUACCAUCUUCCGCGUGCGCAGAGAGGCUGAGAAAUACUUUCCACCUGCUAAUAGUUCCGACGUCCACGUCAACGAUGUAGAGUCGUUGAAUCGCGAUGAGAAAAUACAAUAUUUACUAAGGAUGUUCGAAGAAAGUGAUAGAGAGGCCAAGAGACUGCGAGACCGGGCUGACGAUCUGGCACAAACGGUGAAAGAACUCGAAUCAGUUUUAAGAGACGUGUUACGUGAACGCGACAAUAGGAAAGUAAAAUUAAGCGUGUACAAUUGAGGCUUGGAUCGUCCUUUCUCGCUCUAUGGCAUAUGUCGUGUUUUCGCACUCUUGCGUUUCGAAUAUACAUGCCAUAUUCUUUAUACAUUUGUUGUUGUAAAUAGAUGCAUCGUGAAAUCAUUUCCUUUAGGCUAACACAGCGGUUACCAAGAUGUAUACAUGUAAUGCCAUACAAGACGAGCAAGGCUUAAACAAUUUUUAUAACACAUUAACAGGGAAAACGCAUCAAGAUAUAUACAUAUUACAGUGUAUUCUUGUAACUUUUUGUUACGUACAUUAUGUACAUUUAUCGAUACGAUUUAUAAAUCAACCUAGUAAUGUCUCAUUGUUUAACCCCUCCAAGAUACUUUGUGUGUUGCCCAUGGGCAACAAUAUCCUUACCGUCAUUCUUUGUGAGCUCCACCGUGAGAAAAGCCAAAUUCUUCCCAGCACGUAGUGUUUUAGCAUCAACUGUCACUGUUUCACCAGGAAAUGCAGCUUUCAAAUACCUGUGCCAUUAAUUACUUUGUUGUACAAUAUAAACAUUUAUACAUAUCUUUACUAAUAAAAAUUAUCAAGUUACAA